UCGCACCCGCUCUACGAGCCCGAGUUUGCCUUGCUUGACCGAGGCAUCGUCGGGCGGGCUCCCCUGGAUGCGCAGCCCCUGCAGAACAAUGCCCCGACACCCUUGAAUCUGGCGCCGGGCUCCUCUGCCUGCUAUGUCGUGCAGAAGAGCGUCAUCUUCGGCGGCAGUGAAAACGCUGGGUCCUCGACUUCCAGUCGGGAACUGAAGAGGGACGAAGACGUCGAGGCGAGGGCCGACCAUGCCAAGCAGCCAAGCAAUGAUAAGUCCGAGAGCAGCGGCACUCCAACGAAGACCCUCUACCUGUCAGCGAAUACCUGCCUCCAGCCGCAGAUUGUGUCUUCAAAAGGAGCAUCAGAAGCGCCUCCGCAGCUGCGUAUCUACAUCUCGACCUCGAGCAAGGAUGGGUGUCCAGACCCGACCAAGCCUGCGGCCGGAGUGCAAUCAAAGGCUUUUGAGCAAGGCGCCGUCAUGUACGGCCUGAACGCCACGGGAGACGUAUAUGUCACUGUUGCAGCUCCCGACGUCACGGACAAGUUCCAGGGCAUCUACAACUUUGAGAUUGCGGCAUCGACCGAUGCCUACUAUUAUCAGUACAGCUCGCAGAACGGGCAGCUGUUAUGGAUGGAUAGCGAUGCGACAUCUGCCUUGCUCCAGACGGCGAGCUUGACGAAUGACCGGAACAAGAUUUCAUCCAUUAUCAAAGGCGAUCCGCAGUACGACUUGUUCGUCCAGGCCACCAAGGCACCGGUUCUCGACGGGCUGAUGCGCUCAGUCUGUGGGAUGAACAACGUUGCUCAGAUAGCAUCUAAGAGGCUGGAUAACGGGCAAAUGAACAACAACGAAAUGGUUCGGACCAAGAUGACGGACAAGGGGCCGGGAGGGUGGCCUCGGCAGCAGUUUUACUUCCAGGGGCUCAAUUCGAGCACCUCAUACUACGGCAUCUUGGUCAAGCACGGAAACUCGACAGCUAGCUCCAAGAGACAAAGCACAGGGGUGAUUGGGGGCGGAGGCAUUGUCUUUCCGCCCACCGACUUUCAGACCUCGGCAGGAACAAAUUGCAAUCUCAUCACAGAUUUGGACUUUUGCGAAGACGUGCAGUGGGCGGCACCGGGAAACAACAAGUACAACAACACGGAGCUGGGCAACAUCUACGACGCCUACGCCAAGUCCAUGUACAGCAACUUUCAAAAGGUCAUGAUGCAGAUUCCGUGCGAGGCGCCGUCCACGCAGCGGUACUCGCUGGCGGCCAACUGCGACAACUGCACGACGGCUUACAAGCAGUGGCUCUGCGCCGUCGCCAUCCCCCGAUGCGAGGACUUUUCGACGCAGAGCAACUACACGAUCCCGCGCAACGCCGCCCAGGCCUUUCCCAACGGCACUUUCCUCCCGGACGCGCUGAGGAAUGAACUCAUGCAGACGCCGGCCUUUAACACGUCCCGCACCAGCUUCAUCGACGAGGUGAUUGCGCCGGGACCGUACAGGGAGAUUUUGCCCUGCGCGGAUCUCUGCUACGGUGUCGUCCAGGGAUGCCCGGCGGCGAUGGGCUUUGGGUGCCCGCGGCCUGGAAAGCUCGGCUUUAACGUGAGCUAUGCGUUACGGGACCGCAACGGCGGAGCGGUGUCUUGCAACUACCCGGGAGAACCGAGAACGCAGGUCAGCGCAUCGGGAGCGACGGCGCCCAGCAUGAUGCUCCUGGUUGGUGUCCUCGGGCUG